UGGUUUCAAUGGUUAUGUUUAGCGUUUUUCAGCUUUCUGUGUGUCGUGAAUAAAAAUCAAUAUUUUGUGGUGUGUCGAGAGAUUCGGUCGUAGAAUGUACCAAUUAUAGCAGUGAUGUUUAGUAGUUCAAAGUCAUAUAAGCAAUAGUAAAUAUAAUGGACGAAGCAAGCGUGCCUUUACAUUUGGAGCCGAUGCAGCCCAAAGAUCUCUGCGAGAAGAGGCUGUGGAUCGGAAACUUGGAUACCAGGGUUAAUGAGUAUCAACUACUGAAAAUGGUCCGCGUGUACGGCUCUAUCGAGAAGUUCGAUAUGCUGUUCCACCGCAGCGGGCCCGCGGCGGGGCAGUCGCGCGGGUUCGCGUUCGUCACGUACCAGAGGAGACAGGACGCCGUGCUGGCGAUGAACUCGCUUAACGGACAGCUGUUGGGCUGUAGGAAGAUCUGUGUGAAGUUCGCUAAGAAUUCGGCGGAGGAACAAGAACGGCCUAAACCCGAACUAGGCAUACCAGCCCUCUCCGGAGCCAAGCCAGAACUGAAGCUAAGCAAGAAGACCGCCAUCCAAUCCAUCGAGGCCAAGCUCAAGAUGAUGGAAAACAUGAAGGCAGGCGAUGACUUCGUUGUCAACAAACUAGCGGCUAACGAAGCGCCCAUCAUUAAACAGUAUCAGACGAAGCAGCAUCAGCCGCAGAAGCCUACCACAUCCUUUAGACGGAGGCAUCCUUAUCAUAGGAAAAGAUAAAUCGUGUUUAAAUAUAGAGUCGUCGUCAAUACAACUUGAAAAUAAUGUAAACAAAUAUGACAGAUUUUAACAUUUAAAACUUUCGCGGUUUAAACACAUAUUAAAUCACAUUUAGAAACGGGUCUAUCGCGAAUUUAUUUUGUUACCUUUAUUUACCGACGUUUCGACACAGGUUUCACUGGUCGUGGUCGCGGCUAACUGACGUCCCAGCAAAAUGUCAAAACAGAGAUUUGUGUGACUACCCCACGAAAAGUGCAUUUAAAGUUCGAGGUAGACAUCACAUUUUCAAACCACCCACUACACAUAAAAGUUAAUUAUUGUCAAUAGUCCGACAACACUCACAACAUCCGCGCACACAUCCGAAGAUAGAUCCCUUGGCUUUAACUUCUGGAUCACUGGUCCCCAAGUUGCCGAUAAGUUAAAACCAUCUUCCCUAUUAAAAUUUCUGGGGUCCAUGGAGAAUCGAGGGAACUCCUCAAAUGUGAAAGGCAUGCAUAUAGUGAUUUUUGUAUUUUUAUCAACAAAUCCAGCAUUUCCAUUUUAAAAAGUGACAUUUGAUGAAGUGGAACUGCUGAUGAUGAUCAGAAUGGAACUCUUUAAUGACGCAUAGUUUACGUUUGGCGAUUUGUCCUCUUCUAUAUGUUUGUUAAGCAACUUAAGUUUUUAAGACAUAUUUUUGUCAAGCUCGAGUUCUGAUGAUGAGACCCACGAGGAACCGAGGGAACUCCUCAAAUGUGAAAGGCAAACAUAUAGUGAUUUUUGUAUUUUUAUCAACAAAUCCAGUAUUUACAUUUAAAAAAGUGACAUUUGAUGAAGUGGAACUGCUAAUGAUGAUCAGAACGGAACUCUUCAAUGACACAUAGUUCACGUUUGGCGAUUUGUUUUCUUCCUUAUGGACCCAGACCUAAACUUGGACCCGGACUCGGACCCGGACCCGGGUCUGAACAUGGACCUUAACUCGGACCCGGACCCGGACCGAACUCUGACCCAAACUUGGACCCGGACAGCCGGACACGGACCCGGACUCGGUGGGUUUUGAACUGCGAUUCUCACAGAACAGAACUGCUAUCAGAAAAGUAGGUUAGGUUAGAACUGCGACCCUUACAAAAACGAAAUGCUACUAGAAAAGUGGGUCGUUAUACCUCCUUUUCUACAUAAUUAGGCAAAAGAUGCUGUCUUUUUCAUUUCAUUGUCUGGAAUCUAAGAGUGCACCAUCAACAAUAAGUGAACUUUCAGUGGCAUCCCCCAUUGAAGUCGGUUUUUUUUUCUUAAAAAUUAUAUGUCAUGUGUUCAUUGUACUGUAGGUGUUUUGUGAAAAAUUUAUAUGAGAAACCUUGUAGCAUUGAGAUUUUAGAGUAGGUAUGAAAUAUUAAUUCAAACAAAUGUACGUGGAUCAUCAUUUGAAAUAAUAAUAUUUAAAUAAUUGUAAUUACAUUAAUUUUAUUGAUAAGAAAAUAAUUGUAUCCUGGACAUGUAACAAUUGUUAUUAAUAAUAUAUUUCAUUUCAUUUCAUUUAAUAAAAUAAAAUCAAGGUGACCCGAUAAGUUUAGGCCCAUAAUACAUUUGACCAAAACGAAGUUUUGAAAACAAAUAGUAUAUUUUUCUUUCUCAAAAAUCUUUAAAUUGUGUAGUGUAUUAUAUAAGAAUAAUUUGUCUUUCUAUUACCUGACAUCAUGUUUUUUUACAAUGUGUGAUUGUAUGUUCAUUGUAUUGUUUUCUACUCACAACAAUUUAAGGUAUUUAUUUAUGUUAUGUCUUGGAAAGAGUUAAAAUUUGCCGAAUUAAUUACCAUGAUCAAUUGCCUGAUAUCCAAUGUAUGAUAUAGGUUCUAACAUAUUGUGAACAUUAAGUAAAGUCUGAUAUUAAUAUUUUUGUAUUAAGUUUAAUGAAUUUAGUAGUUAUUUGCUAGGAUUAGGAUUUAGCCUUACGUGUUCGUGUUUUUGUGUUUAAUGUUCAAUAUAAAAUUAACUCCU